AUGGCAGCAAAGACAACCAAGGCACGAGACAAGCAGAGGGCCGCAGCAGGCCAGCCACCACCUCAACCAGAUCAUGCUGCUCGCUCGGCUCACCAAGCGCAGAGGAAUCAGUCUCUCCGACUCGCGCAGCCACGGCAACCCUCUGGAACACCACAACAACAACUGCCGCUACUACCACCACCACAACGACCACCACCAGUCAGACACUCUCCUCACAAGCCCAUGGUCAGAAUCGAUGGCCGUUUGCAGCUGGAUGGAGCCUGGAACCUGCAGUGUUAUGAGUUCAAGUACGUGACGGAGCACCUGCAGCUCCACAGAUUUCCCAUCGACCGUGACGAGAGACGCAAGGAGUCCGAGCCAGCUGAACAGUUCAAGGCUACACGAGUCAACAUCAGCAAUGGAGUUAUCCCGAAGCCAGCGGCUGAGGUAAACACCGCGAGUGGUGAGAAACCCAAGGGCAAGGAGGUGUCUGGACUUGGCGCAGCUGGAGGCCGUAGUAUUUCAGGGGGAGGUGAGGUCGGGAAGUCAUCCCAACAGGCCACGAAUGAGCCUCAGCUCAAUACGAUGGAGGAGAUGUCGGCGAACACGAAAAGCCAUCCUUCCACCGAGAAUGUCAUUGCUGCAGAUCCAAAAGAGCCAGAGCAACGUCCUGCAACACCUCGAAGUGCUUCCUACGGUAACGCCAAUGCAAAGACGACCAGCCAGGAAGCAGCAGCCAAAGAUGUCCCUUUGACGGAUGAGCCUGUGGUCAAGCGCAAGUCGAUCCUGAACGACAUCCUUGGUCCGCCGGGUCAGCUCGGCGGCAUCACAGCGGCCAGGGACUCAUCGAUGAGAGCCGGGCUCAAGUUCUCUGUCAGUGGUCUACGAGCGUCCUCAAGCGCAGUUGCCGACACGAAAGUUCGUGCAGGCUCGGAGGCACCGUCCUGGCCACCAACAAGCCAACAGCCACGGAACCAGCCAGACGUUGAUUACGACGAGAGUUCUGAAGGGAGUUCUCUUGAAGGUUCUGAAGAAGAGGACGAGGAGGGAUUCAAUCGGGAACUCGACAACGACUUCGAAAAGCGCCGUAGUAAGAUGUUGUCCAUCGCAGAUAUGGCGAAUCGUGAGGAGGAGACUCCGACCCGACCCAAGCAACCCCAAAAUCACAAAACGUCUCCAAAGCGGAAGCUGUCCAGUGUCAGUUCGGAUGCCAGCGACUACUACAACCGAUUCCCAGACAGCGACGAUCCUGGGGAAUCCGCCGUUGCAGAAGACCAUGGCAAAGACAAGCAGCGUCGCCCAAGCUUCAACGAACAGGUCUUCGACGAGUCUUCGCCAUCAAAACGUCGACGCACUUCUUCGCCCGUUCCGCCAGAGAGGACGACGGUGCGAGUCAAGAAGGAGAUGGUGGAGGGUGCUGAGAUGGACGUGGGAAAGGCAAUGCAAGGGACGUCGAAGAAGGGCAAGAAGACGGGAGGACUGGCCGCGGGAGGACGAGGACGGGGUGGCAAAGGUAAAGGUCGGCUUGAGUGA